AUGUGGGAGCCUUUUAUUCUCUUCCUGCUGCUUAUGUUGCUCCAGGGAACAGCGGAGGCGAGCUCCUCGGAGAAGUCAGCCAAGGACAUGUUUGCGGCCUGGAGGCAGUACCAGCAGGAGUGUGAGCGCAGAAUGGCCGAGGAGCCGUAUCCCGCAGGCCUGGUGUGUAACCGGACCUUUGACAUGUAUGCCUGCUGGGGGGACACUCUGCCCAACACCACCGCCAUGGUGCCCUGCCCGUGGUACCUGCCCUGGCAUCACCACGUUCGUGGCGGGUUCGUGAUGCGGCUCUGCGGCCCGGCUGGCCAGUGGGUGACGGACGAGUCGGGGCUACCCUGGAGGGACCACUCGCAGUGCGAGGAUCUCAGCACAGACCACCCCUUCCAGAAGCAGAUGCGGUUCCUGGAGCAGUUCCGGCUGAUGUACACCGUGGGCUACUCCCUCUCGCUGGUCUCCCUGCUGCUCGCCCUGCUGCUGCUCCUGGCUUUCAGGAAGCUGAGAUGCACCCGCAACUACAUCCACGUGAACCUCUUCCUCUCGUUCAUGCUGCGGGCCGUCUCCAUCCUCACCCGGGACGCCCUCCUCCGCGUGCGCUUCUCCAAGGACCUGCGGCACGAAGGGGACCUCUUCCAUCUCCUCGGGGACCAGGCUGCUGCCGGCUGCCGCCUGGCUCAGGUUCUGACCCAGUACUGCGUCGGGGCCAACUACUACUGGCUGCUGGUGGAAGGGCUCUACCUGCACAACCUGCUUGUGCUGAUGGCCAUCUCGGAGGAGAGCUGCUUUGUGGGGUACCUGCUUGUCGGAUGGGGAGCCCCCAUCCUGUUUGUCAUUCCCUGGGUGAUCAUCAGAUACCUCUAUGAAAACAACCAGUGCUGGGAGAGAAAUGACAACAUGGCCUAUUGGUGGAUUAUCCGCUGCCCCAUCCUGCUCGCCAUCCUGGUUAACUUUGUCAUAUUCGUCCGUAUCAUUAAGAUCCUGGUCUCCAAACUCCGGGCUCACCAGAUGCGCUACACGGACUACAAGUUCAGGCUGGCCAAGUCGACGCUGACCCUGAUCCCGCUGCUGGGCAUCCACGAGGUGGUAUUUGCCCUGGUGACGGAGGAGCAGGCCCAGGGGACGCUGCGCUACGUCAAGCUCUUCUUUGAGCUCUUCCUCAGCUCCUUCCAGGGUCUUCUGGUGAGCAUCCUCUACUGCUUCGUCAACAAAGAGGUCCAGUCUGAGAUCCGGAGGAAGUGGCAGAGGUGCCAGCUGGGCGCGAACCUGCUAGAGAAGCCUGGCUACAGCUGCAGCCACGGGCCGUCCUGCCGCUGCCAGCAGGGCAAGACCUCUGAGGUGGGCUGCCCCCGGCGCCCCAGCCACCCGGGGAAGAGGGGAGCCGAGGCGGAGUCCAACGGCAGCUCGGAGAACUCCAUGGGCAGCUCCCAGCUGCAGCAGCAGCAGCGCCGCCCCUACGCCGGUACCACGGGCAGCAAAUCCUACUGCUACAUCCCGGUCCAGACGCAGCCGGCGGGCAGGCUGGGGGGCACGGAGCUGCUCCCCAGUGCCAGGGAGCCUGGGGACAACAAGAUCUCGGAGAGCUGUUGCUAA